GCGCCAUGCCGUCUAUUCGAUGAGCGAGGGUACGGCUGCUUUUUCCACUACCAUCGCUCGCUAGCCACUUUAGUUGUCAUCUGCGCCAGGCGGUGAUCAGGGCACCAACGCCUUCACUCAAAUCAUCUCGUCCAAUAUCCCUAUCGAGGACAGAUGGCACCCGACAGAUACAAGACGCCUGUCGCCUUCAUAACAACUCUGCCUGUACUCCGUUGCGCAGUCCCGUCAUCUGCCAUACACACAGAUCUAGAAGAGUAGCCAAGUGCCCGUAUGCCGUUACUACUACAAAUCAUCAAAGGGGACGCCCACCUGACGCCCCCAGUCCUCUACUCAACUUCAAGCCAGGUCGCUGGUGAUCGGCCACCCGUUGCCCUAAUGGAUGGUGAGGGACUAGUCAUCCACAUCUCGCGCUAAGGCGCCGGACGCUAUGCUAUGGGUCCUCCACCCCGUUCCGAACCAACACGCCGCUGUCAAAGCAGUCACCUUGCCUCUCGAAUCCGCCUCUCAUCCCUGACGCUGCUUUUUCUUCACCUCUCCCCCAUCGAGAGCAGCUCCUUCAGCCCCGUACCACAAAACAUGCCAUCUUCCCUAAUACGACUCCCGCUUGCCACGCCGCUGCGCCUUGAGUCUCUGGGUUCGCGUCGAUCCUUGGCGGCGACGCUUCCCUGCAGCCAGCGCCAUGGAUUGGGCAUGAUCGCCAGGGAACCUCAUACAACGUGUCGCGUCGCGCCUCGUGACCCAUAUCACUAUGUCAUUGGCCUGACGCGUCAUGACAGUCUACCAACAGUUUCGUGAUAGCUUGGUGAGACGACUUGUAACCACCACCAUCGAAGCAUCAGAAUCUUCUGGAUCGCCUUGAAACUUGAGCGUUGUCAUAUCUCCUUGUGUGUCUCUUCUGAGUGUUCUGUACAUUUUCGACUACUGUGGGAAUAAAUUGUACAACAAUCAAGGUAGAUUCAUCGCGGUCUGAGUUGAGGUUCAUAACGCGAGAUUUCGAGGCAGGAGCAGUUUCUACGACUAGUCCGUGCGCUGGCCCUGAUCAUCGAUUAUCGAUCGCGAUUGAACAUCUAACUUUAUUUUUUUCCCUUGUCCUAUCAAUCGUGCGCGGCCAUUACCGUGAGCUGAUAGUGGUAGAUGCAGCUAUAGAAUACUGCUGCUCAACUAUGAGAACUGUAAGUGGAAAAGAUGUACUGUAC